AAAGCUCAAAAAUCUGUGCUCAACAAUCUGCUAUUUACCUAUUAAGUACCUAUUGGGAUUACAAUGUUAACGUACAAAAGAGUACAAACCGAUAUGUUUAAGAUAUACCUAGUAGCAUGCAAAAGAAAGGGAUGAGUAUAGUUUUCCUGGUUCUUUACUGACUGACAAGUUGUUUGCCAGACUAUACUUAUGCCCACUUUGUAAAUCAAUUUUUACUUGUGAAAAUUUAUAGAUGUGUUUUCCUUCAAAAGAAUCUCCUAAGUAGUAGUAAAAUAUUUAUUUUAUGUAGGUAAUGCUUGUACCGAACCGAAUGAAAUCCCGCCCUUUUGCUUUUAUGCUAGUCACAAGGUUUAUUUUCUUAACCUUUCGAGUUUUUCCAAUACAGGGUCACAACGAACGCUAUAACACGCAGGCAAGGUCCGUCCGACCCUUUACUUAAAUCGUCUAGCUCGACUACACUUACUUUUUAUUUCAUAUGUACCGAUAGUUCGACCGUACGUGACGGCUUGCGUUUGAUGUGACAACGGGGCCUAAUAGCCUUUACGGAAAGAUUUUACUGCUAGAUUUUGCCCAAAAAAAUGUUAGGGUGUAGUUUUACCGAUUGUUUUCGUGAAAGUUUGAAAAGCGCUGACUUGGGUACUUUCAGAUUCCAAAUUCCAACUUGCGAUGACGUUACGGUAUGGAACGUUAUCAACUCAACUCUUAAAUGUUCAUUUAUUGAGAGAAAUUAUACGCGAAAAUACGACUCCCUCGAGUCAUAAAUGUCAGUGUCACUCAUUUUUAUAUGGGUAGUUUUUCACUUUUUUGCGUGUUUCAGUUAAACAAUAUUUCGUUGCGAAAAUGUGUUAAUUCGGAUACGGUUAGUUAAAUUUAAAAAUUUUCGAUUAAUAUAAACUAAUAUUCAAUGGACAAACUCGAGUAAAUUUUACGGAACCAGAAUGGGUGUAGGAAUUCAGAUUUUCGUGUUUAUUUUCGCUAUGUGCUUAGAUUUCGUGUUGUUACUGAAUAACGGCGUAGCCCGGACACCUCCCAUGGGCUGGAUGUCGUGGGGGUACUACCAGUGCGCCGACGACUGUGUUAAAAACCCCGAUAAAUGUCUCAAUGAACAACUCAUAAUGUCCGUGGCGGAUACAUUAUUCAAUGACGGCUACCUGGAGGCCGGGUAUGAGUAUGUUGUGAUUGAUGACUGCUGGUCGGAGAAGCUGCGGGACAGCGAUGACCGUCUGGUGCCGGAUAGAAAAAGAUUCCCGAGGGGUAUGAAGUUCUUAGCAGACUAUAUCCACAAGCUGGGUUUGAAAUUCGGCAUGUACACAAACGUGGGCACCGACACGUGCAUGCACUACCCAGGCUCUCGCGGACACUUCGAUAACGACGCCCAGCAGUUCGCGGAGUGGGACGUGGACUACCUCAAAGUUGACGGCUGCUUUGUGGAAGACAAGUAUCUUGAUACUGCAUACAUAAAGCUUGGUCACUAUUUGAAUAAGACUGGAAGACCCAUGGUGUUCUCCUGCAGUUGGCCUUAUUAUAAGGAGUAUAUUCAUAAGAGUGAGUUCAGCUACGCCCCUAUCGCACGGCAUUGCAACAUGUGGCGCAACUUCCACGACAUCUUCAUCAACUUCGGCAACGUCGUAUGGAUCAUAGACAACUACGAGAAAAACAACAAGCUGUACAGGCAGUUCCAUAAGCCGGGCCAGUGGAACGAUCCUGACAUGAUAAUCCUAGGAAACAAAGGUCUAACCGAUAGCCAGAGCCGCAUCCAAAUGGGCUUGUGGGCUAUGUGGUCCGCGCCCCUCCUGCUCAGCUGCGACAUGAGGAACAUCACGCCAUUUGAGAAACAGCUGCUGCAGAACAUGGACCUGCUGGCCAUAGCCCAGGACCCUAGGGGAAAAAUGGCUACAGCCUUUAAGAUUCGAGAGAAAGUUACAUUAUGGGUGAAGCGCCACCUACCUAUGAAAGGAGACAUAUAUUCUACUUACUCUUUCGCACUCGUCAAUUUAGGAGGAGAUAAUCAAUAUGUUUCUUUCAAGCCGGCGGACUAUGGAUUGGAAGCGACUGAUGUGUAUACAAUUUUGGAUGUGUUCACGGGGGUUUUCUUAAGAAAUGUGACAAGACAGGAUGUUCUAAACGUUUCGGUUUCGGCUGAAGAUAUUAUUCUUUACACGUUCUAUCCCUUAUGAAGGUGAGGCGUAGAAAAGCAUGCUAAAGGCUUGCUGGUGGUGACAGCUACGACUAUACCUCUUGCGUCAAAUGAUGGCUCCUAUGACAGUUCCGUCAUUUUUUUUUUGGUUGGGCUCAAGUCUCGGAACCGGUUUUAAAAUAGCGGUAAAUACCGGAUUAUUUUGGUUUUUUCUUUUUUUUAUGAUAUAGGAGGCAAACGAGCAGACGGAUCACCUGAUAGUAAACGAUUACUGCCGCCCAUGGACACCCGCAACACCAGAAGGGUUGCAAGUGCAUUUCCGGAUUUAAGAUGGGAGUAAGCUCUUUUCUUGAAGGUUUGAAGGUCGUAUCGGUCCGGAAAUACCGCAGGCGACAGUUCAUUCCACAGUUUAGCUAUGCGAGGCAGGAAGUUUCUGGAGAAACGCACAGUUAGGACUGCCAACCGUCUAAGUGGUAAGGAUGGAAAUGUUGUCGCGUAGGGCGAUGGCGAAAUGAAGCGGCAGGGAUUAAUCCGAACAAUUCCUCUGAGCACUUCCCGUUAUACAUGCGAUAGAAAAUGAAGAGCGAGACCACAUCUUUGCUCCGAACCUUCAUGAAAACGCGAACGUUUUAAGAACUUUAUUGUAACCUAAAUAAACCGGUUUGACGAGCGACGAGACGGCCGAAGGGCCUGGUGGUGUGCCGCGUAAACAAAGACACCCCCAUAGGAAGAAACCGGUAUUUAUUGUGCUAUACCGGUUAAUCGGACGAGAACUUUAUGGAAAUGUUCCCCUAAAAUCCGGUUUGAAAAUAACGGUUUUACGAACGAAACCGAAAUUAAAAGGUUUGCGCC